AUGACCUCCUACUCUUUGGAGUUCUGUGUCAGUGGAGAGAAUAAAUGGAAACAAAAGGCAGUGCUGAAAGUUGGAGAAGUCACAGUGAGCGACCUGAGGCCAAACACAGAGUACAUGUUCAGAUGCAGAGCAGUGACCUCAGCAGGCGUUGCGCCGGCCAUUGUAGUCAAUGACUCCAUUAAAACCUUACCUUGCAGCCCUCCUGGUAAACCUCAUGUUGAUGCAACGUCAUUUUACAAACUGAACCUGGAAAGAAAAGUUGGCACAGACAGCUGGCAGAGGUUUGACUUUGGAGGACAAAGCUUUAAGAAGAAUCGUAGAAUAAUUCUGUUUGGAGUGAUCGGUUCAGAAAAAUCAACUCUCAAAAUCAACGCAAUGAUCAACUAAAUUGUCGCUGUCGAAUGGGAAGACUCACAUCGAUUUCAGUUAAAUGAUGAGGAUCAGUUGAGAUCUGCCUUCGCCCUAGUCACUGUGUACAAAAUCAACCACCAGGAGGGUUUCAAAAUAGAGUACUCAUUGACCAUCAUUGACACUCCAGACUUUGGAAGUACAAGAGGCAUAAAAAGAGACAAACUGAUCACAGAGCAGCUACAAGAUCUCUUUCAUGCUAAUGAUGGUGUCACAGAAAUUGAUGCUAAAUAUGUGUUUGAUUCAGUUCUAUCAAUCUUUGGGAAAGAUGUGGCAGAAAACAUCAGGAUUCUGGUGACAUUUGCAGAUGGCCAGCAACCACCAGUUCUAGAGGCGAUCAAAGCUUCAGGUGUCCCAUAUCCUACGACAGAUGACGGACUGCCAGUUCACUUCAAAUUCAAUAAUUCAGCAUUGUUUGCAGACAACAAACCAUCAGCAGCAAACAGAACAGCUGAUGAUGAAGAUAGUGGAGGGUUUGAUGAGAUGUUUUGGAACAUGGGAACAAAAAGCAUGGAAAGGUUGUUUGCUGCACUGAACGGCAUCCAAAGCAAAGGCUUGACUCUGACAAAGAAAGUCCUAAAAGAAAGACAGCAGCUUGAGGAUUCAGUUGAAGAUUUGCAGAAGAAGGUUAAACUUGAGUUAGCCAAGCUUGAGGAGAAAAACGAGACAACCAAAAAACUUAAAGAAGCAGAGAUGAACAGAAAUGAGAAGUUUGAGAUUAAAUCCAGGCGUCCACCAGAGGGCGUUCUGGAGGAAUUCUCAGUGACUGAUUACCUGCAGGAGGGCGUGCCCUGGGGCGGCAAUGGUUGGUGGCAGCAGGUGUUGGCAAUCACCACGAUGACGUCGGGAGCCUGA